GAAUAGCACCAGAGUUACCUUCAAAGGUCAAAUUUCUCGUCUUUCGCUUCUUCAUAUAAAAACUCACCAUCGCGAGUAUAUUACAAGUACCCCCACUUUUUUCGCUCAUCAAACCAUUCACUCAACCGAGGCGUAUUCAGACCGGAGGAGGCUAACCAAGUUUAAUAAACACCUCUCUCUUUUGCCUGUCCAGUUCCUCCACAAUCCAUCACCGACCUAACCUACCUCUUAAGAGCCUCAACCUCUUAUUCCUCACACAACCAAGCUCUAGUCUCUUACCAUUUUCGUUAGUUAUCAUGGAUACUACAAAAACCACUGGCAGUCUCGUUGAGACGUAUCAAAAGCAAGUCCUCGACGGUAUUACCGUGGUCAAUGAGAAACUCUUUUCGUUGUCGUUCUCCCGCAGAAAGAGAUAUCUCUCAGAGCUUCUACCAGCCUUAAAUUCACGAAUCAAAGAGGUUGAAUCUUAUGUCGGGGAACUUAGUGCGUCAGAUCGAGCUGAAGACCUUGCAUCGAUGCGUGUUGUACAACAGGAUUUGCUGCGCACAAUUCGUUUCGUCCAGGGUUUACUCGACGAAUACAACCAACAGAGAGUUCUUUUGAAGUUCCGCGAGUCGUCUACCACUACACAAGUCCCUACUGUACCGUCAUCAACUGUCAACUUCGAAGUGCUUGAUGUCCGUAACCCAUUCUCAACGGGACUCAAACCCGGCGAGCCACUAUUUCUGUUCUCAAAGAUGGAAGACCUCGAAUCUGAAACAAAGGCGGAGGAACCUGUCAAAAAAAGCAUCCUUCGUCAACCUCGCGACAAGUUUCCAGAGCGUGGCGUGCCAGUUCACAAGGAAGAAUACAAAGUCAAGGGUAUGAGGGAUGAUUUGGAUCAAAACCAAGAUUGAAUUUUCUUCAUAAAUGGGCUUCUAAGAGACAAAGAUUGAUAAAUGGAGGGCCUCAUGUAUUUUGUUCUUUCUGAGGUAACACUGUGGUGGCUUUCUUUGGCUUCUUUGUAUCUACAACACAAUCAAUGUCUCCUCCUGCAUUUAUUUCAUCCAUUCCUUAGUUUCAAAGAGCUCUUAUCUUUGAGAGACUAGAGAUUGUAGUCAGAAUUUAGUUACCAAACAAUUUGAACUUUAGGUUAUAUGGUGCA